AUGUUUUUGAAAACUCCUUUUCUUCUGUUUUUUCUGUUGUGCACUCUGACUCUGUGGUGCAAGUCUGCCAGCGCAGGCUCCAGCUUCCUCAGCCCUUCACAAAAGCCUCAGACAAAAGGGAAGACUGUCAGAUACAGCCGCCACGCCAUGGAGGAGCCUGGUCAGCCCACUGAGGACAAACACAUCAGCGUGAGCGCUCCAUUUGAGAUCAGCAUGAUGCUGACAGAAGAGGAGUUUGAGGAGUACAGUCUGGUGCUCCAGGAGAUCGUUCAGCAUCUGAGAGACAGAGAGGCUGCAGGGAGAGUGGCAUCACCAUGAACUUCAAACUGGCAG